UUUGUCUCUCUAAGUGUUUCAGGUUUCUGAUAGUAUUGUAUUUUAAGUUUGAUGAACCACUGAAGUGGAUAGCUGACACAAAAUUCUCAUUUUUCAGAUAUGCUCCUUUGUUAACCUGAGUCAGUAACUAGAACAAAUUUGGAAUAUUUUAAAUUUCUUUCCAGUUGGAACUUGAAUGAGAUUUCCAACAAAACCUGAAUGUUUGCUGACAAGACACAGUGGGUAGAGGUUCUUGCCACCAUUUGACCACAAUGUUCAUUCCCUGGACCCCAUGUAGUAUGAGGAGUGAACCUCUUUAGUGUUGUCCUCUGGCUAUAACAGAGGAGGUGUGGCAUGCACAUUAAAAUAACUUAAGGUAUAUUCCAAUUACAUCCGUUUUUUACCUUUUAGGUGACACUGUUUUAUCUGGGACUUAAGUAUUUAGUGGUUUUAUAAUCAAUUUUUUGGGUCAAUAUCCACCAUUUUCACUUAAAGAUUGAAAGUUAAACUCUUAACCGCAUGUGCAUAGUUGAAUUUAAGAAUUCCUCCGCUCCUCUGACAUAGGCAAAUCCAUAUUUUCUCUCUUUAGAAAACAAAUGGUCCAACAAAUGAACAAACAUACCAAAUUUAAACAAAGCAAAAUGAUAAACCAACAAUACAUCACCCCAAGACCUUAACAUCCAGGAAAAAUCACAAGAAACACACAAAACUCAUCCAUUGUUAAGCGUUUUAAAUAUUUUUAUAUAUAAGAAAGCAUAUAUAUCGGUAAUCUUGCUUAAUUAUCCUUUAGUAAAAGGGUUCCAAAAUGUAACUCAGAAAAUAUUUUAAGUGAAAAAGUCUUUCUGGAAAGCAGCAGAAACUUUUCAUAUUAUCCACUAAUAAUAUUAAUUUCUCUCCAUCCCAUUUAUUUGAAAAAUUUCUUAUUUGAAAUUUCCCUAAAACUAUCAUGGCUUUUAGCAGCACCCAGUAAGUAUGUUCUGUUAUAGUCUAAUUGCAAAGACACAGUGAAUAGAGAUAAUAUUCAUGUUGAUACAUAUAAUUGUUGAGAUGGUGGAAUUACAUACAGAAAUAAAACAGUGCAAUUAUAAGAAUUGUUAAUCUUUUGCAGUUUUAUUUUCAGUGUGUAUCGCUACUAUUAAAAUGUUCAUUUCAACAACCUCUUUUUUUGCUUUGUUUUGUUUUUUGAGGCAGGAUUUCUCUGUGCAGCCCUGGCUGUUCUGGAACUCACUCUGUAGACCAGGCUAGCCUCAAACAAACUCUGAAGAAACAUGGAACAGCAGAUUAUAUUUGUGUAGAUAGAAGCCCUUUGCUUCAUAUUUUUAUUGGCUUUAUGUAUAAAAUGUAAAACACACAGGGGUAAUCAAAAGGUGUCUAGGACAGCAUUACACUGAAAUUACAUCUUUAAAUGUAUUACUUACAUUAUUUUGUACUUUAAAAAAAGACAACUAGCUGAGUUUUCAUCAGAACGUUUUCAUGUUUUUGAAGGCAGGGCAAUGGUCUAAGCAUUUCCAAGGCAUAAAGUUGGUCCACUCAAACAACCCUUGAAUGAAUGUGAAAUUGUUAAAUAUGUCACAAUACAGACAAUUCUCAUCAGUCAUUACUGUAAAAUUCAGGUAAUGUAUCCUUUUAUAGGAGCAUGAUGAAUUCUGAUAUAAGCAAAGAUGGGAUCCAAGCUAUUUUGAAGGGAUAAUUCUCUUAAUAUUUUCAAGGACAAAGGAGGUCUGUGGCACUUGCAGUUUUCUUGGAUUAGUUAGAUCACGCUGGACUUCAUAAGGAAGAUUGAAAAUGUCCUUCUGUCCAUGUGCAAGACACAACUCCAUAAUGUGACCUCUGCUGCAUGGCCUGCAUAAGAUACUGAGCUGUUGUUCAUCAAAAUCUUAGGGUUAAGCAAGAACGCAAUAACACAGGUCCUAAAAUUCUGUGGAUGUGGCUGUUUCAGCUAGCAAUGCAAAUAUUAUAGUAACGUACAGCAUCUAGCUGUCUAAAUUUAUAGCAAAUGAUGCAAAGGUCAGAUAAGAUAUGGUAUACCUGGAACUAGUACUGAGUUUAUUAUCUCUGGCCAUUAGUGUGUCUCUUUGAAUGUUUUUAUGGUCAAUGUCUCUUUGAAUUUUGUCUAAAUCUAAGGAGAAAUUUUUAUCAAAGUUUAGAGCUCUACGUCCAGAUUUCCUUUUCACCUUUAUUAAGUGAGCUUUCCCAGACCAUUAAAUCUCAUGGCUUUGGUUACUGACAUGGAGGAUAGAGUCUUAGUGUGUGUGCUGUGAUCAUUGGCUAUAACACUCAUGUUCACUUGCAAAUUUCAAAUUCUGGAUUACACACUCAAUUCUAUGUCGCAAAGCUUAUUCUUUAUUUGUUAUUUUUAGAGUUUGUAGAUAAAUAAUAAAAUUAUCCUUAGCUAGUUUAUAAAUUUUAUGGCUAAUAUUGUAAGUUAUAUUUAUAUUUACCAUGUAGAAUUCUUUUUAAUAACUAGAGUUAUUUUUUCCUUUUUUUCUGGAAUGAAAUAUGUGGAUUCCUGCAAAAUUUAAACAAGCUCCACUCCUGAGUUACCCUACCUUCUCUGAGAUCAAGUCUUAAAAAUGUUCUACAGUUUCAUCAAAGGUUUGCACUGUCACAGUUUUCAGACAUAUCAAAAGAGAGCAUCGGAUCUCCAUUUCAGGUGGUGGUGAGCCAGUCCCUGGUUUCUGGCAACUGAACUCAGGACCUCUGGAAGAAGAGUGAGUGCUCUUAACUGGUGACUCAUUUCUCCAGCACUCUUCUUCAUGUUAAACAAGGAACUUUGUUGACUAAUUCAGAAUGUUGUGUGGAGCAUGAAGAACAUUUCUAAAAUGAGACAAAAGAACUCAAAUGAACAAGAAAAUGGAAAGUUUACUUGUCCUGAAGAUUUAAAUGCUAAUCAAUCUGAAACUGAUGAAAUUACUACACUAAAACAAAAGAUUGAUCUUGCCACAAGAAAGCUAAACCAAGUGUUAUUGAACUAUGAGGGGCUUGAAAACAAAUCCCAGUCUCUGCAACAGAACUUCUUAGCUGUGACAGACAUCCAGGAGAAAUGCAAAAUGCCUGAAGAUAGAGAGGAGAAGCUCAAACAGGAAUUAUUAAUCCUUGAAAGUCACAGAUCAAUGAAUAUGAUAGACCGCAGAGAGGCAGAAAUGUUAAAGCAAGAGAUUGAAGAAAAAUCCAGACUGCAACUAGAGGAAAAUUUGGAAAAAAUCUCUGCAAUUUCACAGACAGCUGUUAAAGCUCACGAGCAAUUGGAGCAGAGGAAAGAGAAAGCUUUUACUUUGAAAAUAUUAGACAUGAAAAGCAGACUCAGAGACAUGGAAUCCAGCCUUUGUAGAGCCCAAGAUCAUGAAGAUAUUGAAAGAUUCAAGCUGGGCAUAUACCAGCAGUGCUACCAUGACAAGCUAAAUGUUACAGCAGCACUAUAUGAACAAAUAAACAUUGCUAACAAGAGGAAAGUGAAGCUGCAGGAAGACAUUGCCACAACAGUUGCAGAGGAAGAGCUACUUACACACUCACACACUGGGGCAGUGCACAACCCAAAGGAAACUAGUGUUUCAAGUCUUCAUCACCAGGAUGGAUCUGGAUUGAGUAGAAAUGUUACUCCAAGUCUGGGGACAUCACAUUGCCAGCAGAGAGGCAGAGCUUUCAGAAAGAAAGGUCAACGUAGGUUACCAAGUGCUAACAAGAGGAAAGUGAAGCUGCAGGAAGACAUUGCUACAAUAGUUGCAGAGGAAGAGCUACUUACACACUCACACACUGGCGCUGUGCACAUCCAAGAGGAAACUAGUGUUUCAGGUCUUCAUCACCAUGAUGGAUUUGGACUGAGUGGAAAUGUUACUCAAAGUUUGGGGAUAUCACGUCACCAGCAGAGAGGGAGAGCUUUCAGAAAGAAAGGUCAACGUAGGUCACCAAGUGCUAACAAGAGGAAAGUGAAGCUGCAGGAAGACAUUGCUACAAUAGUUGCAGAGGAAGAGCUACUUACACACUCACACACUGGGGCUGUGCACAUCCAAGAGGAAACUAGUGUUUCAGGUCCUCAUCACCAUGAUGGAUUUGGAAUGAGUGGAAAUGUUACUCCAAGUUUGGGGACAUCACAUUGCCAGCAGAGAGGGAGAGCUUUCAGAAAGAAAGGUCAACAUAGGUUACCAAGUGCUAACAAGAGGAAAGUGAAGCUGCAGAGAGCUUUCAGAAAGACAGAAAGACCAACCUAGCUCUCCAAGCAAGCCCCAAAAUACCAACAACUGCUCCAGUUUGCCUGUAGGUGGAUGAAGAAGUUUUAAGAAGAAAUCCAUAUAUUUAAAUGGUAAUGGACAUAAUCAUCAUUAUGUCAAGUACUAGAAAUAGCUCACUUUUUACCAGAUUUAGUUCCAUCUGGGGUCAAGGAGUCCUUUUCUGUGGCUUCCAGUUUAUUUUUCUCACCAGCUCCUUGUCAUGUAUAGUGGUUUUGAUAUACUCAGUCCAAGGAGUGGCACUAUUAGGACCUUUGGCCCUAUGGUGUGGUAUUGCUGGAGGAAGUGUGUCACUGUAGGCAUGGGCUUUGAGACCCUCAUCCCAGCUACCUAAGGAACCAGUCUUCUCCUAGAGACCUUCAGAUGAACAUGUAGAGCUCUCAGUUCCUCCAUGCCUGCCUGGAUGCUGCCAUGUUUGAUCCUUAAUGAUAAUGGACUGAACCUCUGAAGUUGUAAGCAAGCUCCAAUUAAAUGUUGCCCUUAUAAGA